AUGGAUGACGAUAUUGCCAUAGAGGUCACGCAAGCUUACACCCUCGGCAUCCCGAAGCUUUUCGCGGCAGUAACGAAAGCGUUUAUCGUGCGGUACCAAAACCUGGAGCCUCUUCGACAGGCUAAUCCAUGGGGCUGCCAUGGCGCACCGAAAUGGGCCGCCGACUGGACAUGGGAUGGACGCAUGAGAUGGACGCGUCCGGAGUCCAGCUUUACUUGUCCACUGUGGGAUCCUUCAAGGCCGGAGCCCGACCCUGCGACGAUAUAUAAUGCUCACGGUGGAGUGCCAGCUCGCUAUGAAUUUUUGGCGAACGAUAUGCUUUUGCGGUGCGGAGGAUUCGUCCUUGACAGAAUCGCUGGACUAGGCGCUCCUGAGGAUGGAUAUUUCAUGUGGGCAAAGCACAGGAUGCAUCAAUGUCCCACUUGGAAAAGUGCCUAUGGAUCAGAAGAAGAAACGAGAAGAGCUCUUCUCAGUACGUUGAUGGGCGGUCGAGUAGCUCACGGAGGAAGGUUUCAAGACCGCCAUCUCGCUCUGUCGAGUCUUCCAUCCAACUUCCACGUUGGGUUUCCGCAAUUCGAACAACGAGGCUGGAAAUGGUUUACAACGCAGGAAGCAUACUACUUCAAGUGGGAAGAGUGGCGUCUAGCACAUAACCAUUUUAUGUUGGAAGGAAAAAGGCUGGAUGAGUACUUUACCGAUUGGUUGCCACAAGAGGCAGAUGAGUCGACGUACAUAGAGGUAUACAAUAGUGCUGAUAGAAUGGUUCAAGAGCGCCGGUUGAUGCUUACGGAGAACGGAUACCUGGGCUGGGCACCGGAUAAUGCUUAUGACGAGGCGGAUGAGAAUAAUGUUAGGGUCGGGGACUUGAUUGCGAUUAUUUUUGGGUGUAGCACGCCGCUUGUUGUGCGUGCAAACGGAGAGUUUUACGAGAUUGUCGGUGAAGCUUAUGUUGAGGGGUUUAUGGAUGGGGAGGGUAUUCGUCUUGUUGAAGGGGGUGAACGAAAGGUGGAAUCUUAUACAUUUGUGUAG